AUUGCGCAUGCUCAUCUUCAGCUUCCUUUUCCGUCAUUCUCCGAAGGUGUAGGCCGGGAAAAUUUUGGUGAAGAAUCAUAUCUCGAUCAUCAUCAAAUUAAGGAAAGUAUUUUCACAACAAGUGAAAGUCAUGUUACGAGUUAACAAGUCGAGGGCCUCAAAGGGGAGGAGCCCUUACGCAAGGACCAGAUCUGGUGUAGCCAUCGCGACCUCCGCAACUCAAUCGCAAGCAGGGCCAACGCCCAUGCAGCCAGAGGCUCCAGUGGUAGUCCCCAUCCCCAUACGUACACUAAGUGCGACUUCCUUAUCAUCGGUCGCCGGAAUUGCCUCUACUGCAGGACCGAGUUCAUUUACAGCCCAGCAGACAAAUCCUGAAGCCAUUCCAGUAUCUGUCGCUUCAGUUAUUGAGACAGUUGCAUCCCAACAGUCAACAACUCCAUCAGCUGCAACAGUGGUCGCGGUUUCGUCAACUAGCACCUGGGGCUCAACAGUAUCCUUGUCAAGUUCCUACACAAUUUUGGGAGAUUAUCAGUCAACUGUAAAUUCCCUUCUUGAUGCAAGCCUUUCAGUAAAUACAAGCAAAGUGUAUAAGCAGGGCUUGCAAGCAUUCUACAGGUUCCGGUCAGAGACAUCAUUUGAGCAAGUAUGGCCACCCCCUAUCGAUCAUAUAAUUAAUUUCAUCGCAUACAUGUCUGAAAACGGGUGUUCAUUUUCUACUGUCAAGUCUUACUUGGCAGGUAUAAGUUUUUCUAUUAAUGUACACGGUUGGUUUAAUCCCAUAGAUUCCUUUUUAGUUAGGAAGUUGUUGGCAGGUUACAAAAAAUCGAAAGUAGUUGCAGACACCAGAAGACCUAUAACACUUCAGCUGUUGCAAAGUAUCCUACUCAUAUUGCCGAAUGUAACAUAUUCAUCCUAUGAAGCCGAAUUAUUCAAAUCAGCCUUCGUAUUAGCAUUUUUUGCUUUGUUAAGAGUAAGCGAGGUAGUGGCUUUGGAAGAGAACUGUAUUCAAAUGUUGGAAUCAGAAAUUUUCGUACACAUCAAAAGCUCUAAAACUGAUCAAUUAGGCUUGGGGAUGUCUGUUAGAAUUAAUAAGGAUCAGGAUUCUGCAAUUUUAUUCUCCACUUUACAAGGUUUUCAAAAAAUGCGACAAAAAACACAGGGUAGCCAAUUCUUGGUCCAUUUUAACUCCAAACCAAUAACUCAAUAUCAAUUUUCAGCCAUGCUGAACAAAUGUUUAAAUUUUCUCAAUAUUCAAACAGCAUCCUUCAAAUCACAUUCUUUCAGAAUUGGUGGAGCCACACAGCUAUAUAUUAGGGGUCUUUCCGAAACACAAAUUAAAGAAAGGGGGAGAUGGAAUUCGUCAGCUUAUAAAUCUUACAUAAGACCUAUUGUGUGAAUUUAUCCAAUACAGAUCUUUCUCAAUUAGUAAUAUUUUCAGAAUGUAUUUGGAUUGUUGGAUCCUCUAUUAUACACUGGGCACAGAAAUAUGCAGCUGAUAACAUGAACCAGAACUUGAGUCUGUUCUCACAUGAACUUGUUUGGAAAGGAGUUAGAGGAAUGGUUUGGGACCAG